AUGUUAAAUUCUCUUUUUAUCAACCAUCAGGAUCAGAAAGAGGCCCUUGCUAUCGAACGAAGGAGACGGUUCGAAGAAGCAAGAAAGCAACGCAUCUUCAACGCUAGACGUCGUGUUAUUGGGGUCGAUACCGACGCCCUCGGGUAUCAAGUGCAGGAAAAGAAGGAGAUUGAGCAGUCGGAAGCUGAACAGCGGCGAAAGCUUUCGGAAGAAAUUCGGCGCCAGGAACAUGUGUUGCUGCUAAAGCAACGGGAACAACGCCAGGAGCGUAUACGUCUCGAGAACGAGCUCAACCGGUUCCGGGCUUCCAACCAACGGCCCGAACAAUCGCGCGAUUUUGAUCUAUUCGAUCCGAACGGACUGAAAAAAUCCCUUCCCGCUCGGGUCGGUGAUGACGAUCCACGCUUGAGCGUGUCUGGUGCACAGGUGUUUGACGGUGAAGAUCUUGAAGAGCGCCAUCGCCGGAAGGUGCAGAAAGAACAACAGCGUUCCUGGUUGGAGCAGCAGAUACGCGAGAAGCGCCAGGCAGAGAUUGAUCGACGGGCGGCGGAAACAUUCCUCGAGGAUGCGUUAAUGUCCCGGGAAAGACGCCUUCACCAGCUUGCCUCUCAGGAGCAGUACGCUAGAGGUAAAAUUCAACAAGCGGUCAACGAGUUUAAUCACCGGCUGAUGAACGAACAGGAGCAGCAACGUACGCGCCGGGAGCGUGAGGAACAGGAAGACAACCUGGCCGAAAUCUAUAACAACCUCACCAGUGACAUAUUGACCGAGAACCCGGAUGUGGCGAAAAGCAGCUUUGGACCAAACCGGGUCAUAACCGCGCAGUACAAAGGAAUGUCUCCGGAGGAAAUCGAACAGAUACGGCGAACUCAGGGGCUACAGCUGGAGGAGCUGAGGUGUAAGCGGCAGGAAGAGGCCAACAAGCGAGAAGCCUGGGACCGUCUAGCCAUCGAUUUCGACCGGGCCGUGACAAUGAAAGAGAAAGAGCUAAUGCGUAGACGGCAUGCACUGUCCGAACAGAUACGCCAAGAAAAUCUACAGCUUUCGAUGGACCAGCAGCGAAAGCUCGAUCACUUGGACAAAGUUGUGUAUCAGAAUAGACCCACGCAAGCAUACUUUGACCAAUUCAACACUUGCUCCCGCUAA